AUGAUCUCAUCUGGAAAUGGCUCUGGUGUCCCCAGCUGUAGGAACUGGAGGGAGCUUGCUUUCUGCUCAGGCGAUGUUCUGAAACAGGCAAAACCAGGUUUUACCAUGUGGGCAACUUGCUGCAACUGGUUCUGUCAAGAUGGACAUCCUGAGGAGACUCAGCAGCCCCAGGGAGCCAGAACACAAGCAUAUUCCAACCCUGGUUACAGCUCUUUCCCUUCCCCUGUGGGCUCUGAACCCAGCUGCAAGAACUGUGGGACCCACUUUGGCAGCACAGCCAGGAAGCACACGUGUUUGGACUGUAAGAAGAAUUUCUGCAUUUCCUGCUCGAGCCAAGUAGGGAAUGGUGCCUGCCUCUGCUAUCUCUGCCAGCGUUUCCGAGCCACAGCCUUUCAUCGAGAAGAGCUGAUGAAAAUGAAGGUGAAGGACCUGAGGGACUAUCUCAGCCUCCAUGACAUCUCCUCUGAGAUGUGCAGGGAGAAGGAGGAACUGGUGUUCUUGGUGCUUGGUCAGCAGCCGGUGAUCACGCAGGAGGACAGGACUUGUAAUGCCCCUUUCCCCUCAGGCCUUCCUGAGCAUCAGGCCUUCCUGGCCCAGCCUCAUACCAGCACAGCACCUCCUACCUCUCCCAACCUCCCUCCGUCACCGGCACAGCCCACCUCCACUCCCUCAGCCCAGGCUCAGGAAAACCAGCAGGCUAAUGGCCAUGUGCCCCAGGACCAAGAAGCAGUGACGUGCCUGGAGAAUGUAGCAAGCGCUCCUAUGGAGGAUGAAACUCAGUCUAUUGACUCUGAGGACAACUUGGUGCCAGGGCGGAGAGCCUCACUGUCUGAUCUGGUGAACGUGGAGGACAUUGAGGCCCUCACUGUGCGGCAGCUCAAAGAGAUCCUGGCUCGGAACUUUGUGAAUUACAAAGGCUGCUGUGAGAAGUGGGAGCUGAUGGAGAGGGUGACCCGGCUGUUUAGGGAGCAGAAAGACCUCCAGCAUUUGGUGUCUGGCACCGUAGAUCAAAAUGGGGAUCCAGCGCCAUCUAGUGCAGAGGAAAAUAUAUGUAAGAUCUGCAUGGACUCACCUAUCGACUGUGUCCUGUUGGAGUGUGGCCACAUGGUCACUUGUACCAAGUGUGGGAAACGGAUGAACGAGUGCCCCAUCUGCCGCCAGUAUGUGAUCCGAGCUGUGCAUGUCUUCAGAUCCUGAUGGCUAGAACCAGGCCCUUCCAUACCCUAUGGGGCAAGUCGGUUCACCUGUGGAUCCACUGUGAGAUUUGCAAAGUAUCACCCCAAAGCCACGGCCAGCAAGGACAGAAAGAAACCCUGGGAGCUUUCUGCUCGUCUGGUCAGUUGCGCCCUUUUCACCACAACAUUUUCCAUCUCGGUGUUGGAUCUGAUAGGGCUCCCUUAGCCAAUGGGGAUUUAUUAGCCCUGCUUGGGGCAGAAAUCAAAUGGGCUCAGUCCCCGUUUCACACGAUCAGUUGGUGACAGUAAAUUUGUGAUGAACACAAACUUCCCAGCACUCAGACCACAUUGGAGUACUUUUUCCUCCCUUCAAUACAAACCAUAGUUAUUAAGGAUCUUUUUCUGCAAAAUUAUCCCUUGAUAUCUAUUGUAAAUUCAUCCCUCUGUGGAGACAACUCAGUGCUGAUUUUUUAAUCAUUCAGAAAUCUUGGGGUUUUUUUUCCCUAUUAUACACAUGGCUGUAUUUUCUGUCUCGUGGCUUGAGUUUAAUUCAGUCACCAUUAAUCUCUCUCCUCAUGUCUUCCUUUGGUUUCUUCAGCUCAAAAGGCAUUAAUGUCCUGAAGAGUGAGUAACUGGCUAUGAAUGCUCUCACUGAAACUAAAAGGACGGUGUGCUAUUAAACAAAAGCCACGAUGUCUUUUCCUGUCCCACCUGCCAUGUUGUGGGGAGGCAGGGGACUCCAACUAUCCCCAUGGAGUUUGGCUGGCUCCUGUCUUGUCAUUGAGCCCCUUGUUUGGUGCCUUAAUUAGACUGACAAGAAAACAGAAUUUUUCUGCCCGUGAAUCUUUCGCCUGUUGAAAAUGAAUCUUUGAAGGUUGUUGAGAAGUCUCAACAUAAUAGUUGAUUACCUGAGUGCAUGAUGGGAAGGUAUUUGUCUCUAUAACGACUUACAGUGACUUGUUAAGGCUGCCUGAUGAAGCGGUGUCAUUCCCGAGAUGGACUUCUCAUUGCUGUCUCUUUACUUACUGUGGAAGCCAAAGAGACAUUUGGCUUGCACAUGAUAGAGAAAUUCUGAGUCCCAGAGAGAGAGGGGAGAACUUACUGUGGACUCACAUUUGCCUUGGCCAUCCCUUGAGGUGUUAGUGGAAGAAAGAUGUGACUUUUGAUUCAGCAGCCCCAGUAGCAUCUCUUCAGUCCCAUCCCCUUGAUGGAAACGAUUGCCUCCUGCUAGUUCUUUGAGCUGAGUCUGCUUGGUUCUUGGUCCUCCAUCAUCCUGAGACUUGGGUCAAGGUUCUUUCAGCAUACAGCCAUACUUCCCGUGAAUGUACUCAGUGGGACAGAUAGCACAAAGUCCUGCAACAUGGCUUCUUUCCACUGUUGGACAGGUAACAAAAAGCCUUAAAACUCCCAGGCAUCUUGGGGGAACUCCUGGUUCCCAUUUCUUUUCUUCUCCUGUUGUUUCUGUUUGGUAUUAGCAGGAAGUCUGAACUGGCUGAUAGAGGAAUAGCACGGCAGUGAGCAGGCUUACUGUGUUGGCAGAGAGAGCCCAGGGACAGCAGCAGCCUGGGUCUUCUGUCUUGAGCCAAUCUAGGGACUCUUUCUUCUCAGGGGCCUGGGUUAAUUGAGAAAGCCCCUUGCUAAUGCAGUCAAGCACAAAGCAAACCAGGUGCCUAGUGACUUAGCAACUAUGCAAAACUUACCCACCUAGAGCCUUAGCAGACCCCACUGUGCAGCCUUGAUCCCUUUAAAUUGUAAAGGGUGAACUACUGCUUUGGAAGAUAGAGGUGAAAUUGCUCUCUCCUAAGGAGAACAGUAAUAUUGGUACGGACUUUGUAAUGAUUCCUUUUCCCCUAACUCACUUUGGAAAGAAGAGACGAUUUCAGGAAGGAAUUGUCAGCUAAGUACUCAUUUGUUUAUUUGGAUAUUAGAUCGGGUCUUGGGGAUCACAUUCCAGAAUCUUCACCCUUUUCAAACCUGAAAAUUAAUGAUGAAGAUUCAUUGUCUCUCUGUUGCUGCUUGACACCACGGUUUACAGCCCAUAGUGGUUCUGAAAAGGGCUGUUCAAUUGUCAAAUGACUCCACUGUGAAAUAAGUUAAUAGGUAUGCAAAUCAGUCAUCAUUUAGAAAUAAGCUCAGAGCAGGAACAGGCCCUCUACCCAUUUGUUGCCUUCUUUCUCGUCUGAAGUUGGUGGCAGUGUUCUGCCUUCUGGGCUUAGGAGGCUUUCCACAUCUGGAAAGUGACCCCUUUACUGGAUGAGCUGAGGAUGGGGAGCAGACCUGCAUAACCAGCUCCCUACUUGGUCAUCAAUCAGAGCCCCACCAGUCUUCAGCCUGAUACAUAUCCGACAGGGGGUGGAUUAUUUUAGAAGAAUGUGACAACUUAGUCUGUUUCUUUAAAUUUUCUUGGUGGGUGAUUUCUCAUCCAAGGAAAUAUCCCAAUCUUGUGUUAAUUUUUUAUUUUGACAGAAAUUGGGUGUUUAAGAAUCAUGUAUGAUGUCCAAGUGAGAAAUCUGAUUUUACUUCUGAGUUACUCCUUGCCUCCCUCCCCACAUCCUGGAGUACUUAACUUUCACUGCAAUGGCUAAUUACUCUUAUGGCAUUUUCUUUAUUUUUGAUAUGAUUGCUAUGAGAUUUCUGGUUAAUGAGACUUCUAGAAGACUGGUUCAGAGUCUAGUGGUACAGAUGGAUCCAAACUAUGAAAAAGCUGUAAAGAAAUGAGUGCUUCGUGUACAUUAAUGUAUAAAUUUAAGUCUUUUGAAUGUUUCUGAGCUGCUUGAAGUAGCUGAUACUGAGAUUCUCUCUGACUUCUAGUGGGUGUUAAAGCAAGCCCAAAUGUGUAUUUUUUUGUUACAGAGUUAUGCUUUAUAAUUUUGUAAUAAAGUUUAAAUAUGAUUGAAAAGGCCUGCUUUGCUAUCUGGUGUGACAUUGUACACAUGAGCACCUCAUAGCGGGAGUGGACAGAAGUUCAAAUCAACCAACAUUAAACUUUAUGUGCAAGGCUCUG